AUGAUCUCGGCCGUAGUUCUCUUCCUUUCUGCUGUAAGUGUCUCGAAUGCUUGUGUUCCAACAACAACGACAACCACCACAGAACCAUGUUGCACGAUGCUUUCCCAGAACAUUCUCCCCCGAAGAGCCCCAUCAUCUUCCACUCAACAACAGUGUUCUGUACUUCAAAGAGUCUCUUCCACGUGUCCAAUUGAUGGAAUUGUAGUUUGUGAUGCAGCUCAAGAGACCAAUCCAACAGGGAUUCUGAUUGAGUUCUUCAACAAUGCAGGAACUGUCGUCCGUACCCAAAGAAUAAGUGGAAGUCCAGCCACUUCUCUCACUGUUAAGGUCGUUUGCACAAAUGGAGUAUGGAGAGUUGCGACAACUUCUGGAGGGACCACAUUUGCUGAUAUCGGUUCAGUAUCUUGCUCACAAUCUGGAUCUGUAGGAACUGAUAGAGGAUAUGUUAUUGGAACAGCGGUGUAG